GAAGAGGCGGAGCCGGAGCCGGGAAUUUGCGGACGCUCUGGGGAGUCGCUGGGGCUGCAGACUUGGGUCGGGAGACGGGCUUGGCUGGCGGGCGCGAUGCCGGAGCUGGCGGUGCAGAAGGUCGUGGUUCACCCCCUGGUGCUGCUCAGUGUGGUGGAUCACUUUAACCGAAUAGGAAAAGUUGGGAAUCAAAAACGUGUUGUUGGUGUGCUUUUGGGAUCAUGGCAGAAAAAAGUCCUUGAUGUUUCCAACAGUUUUGCAGUCCCUUUUGAUGAAGAUGACAAAGAUGACUCAGUCUGGUUUCUUGAUCAUGACUAUUUGGAAAAUAUGUAUGGAAUGUUUAAGAAGGUCAAUGCCAGAGAAAGAAUAGUUGGGUGGUACCAUACGGGCCCAAAGCUACACAAGAAUGACAUUGCCAUCAAUGAACUCAUGAAAAGAUACUGUCCUAAUUCAGUAUUGGUGAUCAUUGAUGUGAAGCCAAAGGAUCUCGGGCUGCCCACAGAGGCAUAUAUUUCCGUUGAAGAAGUUCAUGAUGACGGAACUCCGACCUCUAAGACAUUUGAACAUGUGACCAGUGAAAUCGGAGCAGAAGAAGCAGAAGAAGUGGGAGUGGAGCACCUGCUCCGAGACAUCAAAGACACCACAGUGGGUACUCUUUCUCAGCGUAUCACAAAUCAGGUCCAUGGCUUAAAGGGACUGAACUCCAAGCUUCUGGACAUCAGGGGCUACUUGGAGAAAGUGGCAAUGGGCAAGUUGCCCAUCAACCACCAGAUAAUCUACCAGCUGCAGGAUGUCUUCAACCUAUUGCCUGAUGUCAACUUGCAAGAAUUUGUCAAAGCAUUUUACCUGAAGACCAAUGACCAAAUGGUGGUGGUGUACUUGGCUUCACUGAUCCGCUCAGUGGUUGCCUUGCACAACCUCAUCAACAAUAAGAUUGCCAACCGGGAUGCAGAGAAGAAAGAGGGGCAAGAAAAGGAAGAGAGCAAAAAGGAGAGGAAAGAUGACAAGGAGAAAGACAAAGAUAAGGAAAAAGGUGAUAACAAGAAAGAAGAGAAAAAGGAAAAAAAAUAAAACUUGUGUUUUUUUGGAAAUUAAAAUAUUGCAGGCUAAAUGAGUAUGCUGCUAGAGGGUUCUUUUCACUAUCAAGUGCUUGUUAUAACAUUGUUUUGAUAGUUUUCUGCCUUAUCUCAGAAAGGGAAGCCCCUUGCUGUGGGAUCGUUCAACUAAAGAGGAUAAAAGGGAUUGAGUUCACCUAAAAUGGCAGCUCUGACACAGGUCCGUGAUACCAGGGUUUUAUGGUCUGGGCCUGAAGCAUGUGGAAAGGGAGGAGCAGCAAAGAUUUAGUGUAGUUUCCCCACUCCCCACCUCCCCCCCAAUAAAAUCAUGUUUUGAAAACCCAUUGUCUGCCCCCUUUUCCUUACCAUUCGGUCUGUCUUCAGCAGUACAUAAAACUUUCAGACUAUGCACAAAUGCAUGUACACUGCCUUUUAGCUGCCUGCAUUUUGUUUCUUCUUUUGAACUCUCAGUAGAGGAUGCCACACCAAGGGAUUUCACUUUCUGAGCCUGAGAUUGCCUCAGCAGCCUCGGGAUUUGAGAUUAAGCUCCAUAUAUUGUUUACCUUCAAAGAUCAUUAAAUGGUUUGGUUUGUAAA